ACCCUAAAUCUUUCAAGUCACGACUGGUUUUGCUCAUCGUGAUCAUUUCACUCGCGAGAAUCUCCGCCCAAGUGGGACCCUUUCUGGUAGUUUAACAUUCAUUACCGCGACUCUGAAGUGGGUUUUCAGUUUUUUGGGCUACGCUGCUUGCUUUUCAGUGGUCGUCGACUACGGGUUGCAUUUCGACCUCAGCUGUGUCUUAGCGAAGGAAUUGUUUUGUGAUGGGCUUGGGACCUACAUAAAUCUCGUGGUUGUAGGUUUCGAGGAGGUCGUGUGAUAGAGAGCAUGAAAGGAAUGCGUAGUCUUCAGCUGAGGUUCUUUGAAGCUACUGCGCCUGCUGCUUUGAAGCGUCUUCAUGGAGAAAAUGCGCUCACACAUCUGCAUCCCCGCUUAUUGUGACGGGAGAUUUGUCAUUCUUGAGGGUUUGCAGGUGUGAGGUUUAAGGGUACUUGGCGGUUAAUUGCGAGCUGUAGGUUAUAGCGGCUGAGGUGAAGGCAAUAGUGAUGUGUAGGUGAGGAGUUUUGGACAUUAAAUGGGAGAGUAGAAGGUUUUGGCGUUGGCGGGGAGCGGACGCGGGAUUCAUUUGUGAUGUUUUCGAGAGGUAUAAGAGAGGAUGAGUUUGCAAGUGGGUCGUAUCUGAGAACCCCAACGUAUGGUCCGGUCGAGCGCUCAGGGCUUAAGGGCGAGUUGGACAACAACAGAGGGUCGCAUUUCCGAAGCAGAGAGGGUCGAGGAAGAGUAUGAGUUCCUGUAGAUAACGAAGUUGAUCAGUGCAUUGAAUUUGGCAUUGUUUUGCUUCAGGCAACGAAACUAUGCACUUUCUUUCCAUAAAAUUAAGUUUUGUUACAUUUAGUUUUUCUCAAGUACAAUAGUGUUGAAUUGAUGUUUCAUCAUUCUUAAAUACGAUGAUGUUUAUUUAUUUAUUUUACUGGUUAUUUUAUCUUUGAUGAGUCCGUUCUUUUCUUCCCAACAUAUCUUUGUUGCGGAGUUAUUCGUUGAGUGUUUCAAUGAGUUGGUUAAUUUUGAGCGUCAUAAGUUAGGAAGCGGGGAGAAUCUCGAAGUGGUCUUUCUGGCUACUGUCUAAAUUUGGGAAAUGUACUGGAAGUAGAAACUGGGAGAUGCCGGUACUAAAACGAGGACCUAUAAACCUUUGCGAGGAAGGCGAAAAGGAAGCCAUUUAUAGGUCCGCAAAUCCACUCCGACACUCCCACGAGCAAGGAAAUUCAUGCUGCCAUUCUUGUAGGUAGCAUGUCAGUACAUAUCUUUGCCCUUGCUUUUGAAGGACUCAGCAUUCCUUCCACUAUUUUCGACACUGGAAAGCAUGGUCUAGGUCUUCGCAUAACAAUACGAGAUGUUCACACCAAGCAUAAACUGUUCUUAAGCUUCAAGCAUGCAGCUCAAUUCUCCACAAUUUCGGGCCGCAAGUUUCGUAAACUUGUGGGUAUAUGGGUCAAUGCAGGUACUGUGAAGGGAAGGAAAGGGGUUGUAAGAACAUCAAACGUGGGACUAGAAACCCAAACUACCUGGUACCCUGGGACGGGAAGUGCUUCUUCAAAGGCAGCCAUCAAGACCCAGAUUGAAUCCAAUUCCUACCUCUGAUCAUCAACAUAGCUUACAAUGUAAGUAUGAAGAUCAACUCUAGAGAAUAAAACUUAAAAAAAUAUGCACAAAGAAGAUACAAUUACCUUCUACUCAAACACAAUGAAUGUAGUAGAGGGAGUUACACAAGGGGAAUGGGCGGAAGAAAUGAACAUCAUUUCACUACAUACAGUGCCAACAAUCAAUCCAUUGAAGAUCCAUUGAAGGAUAUUACUUGCUACGAUAAAGAAGGAAAAACAUAUAAUAUUAAUAUGGAGGGUACAAAUGGAGGCACAUGGGAUUUCAUCUGACUGUCUCUAGUCUUGUCUUAAUUUCAGAAUUAGUAAUGUAUUGAACAAAUUCUCUUUUCUUUGUGAAAUUAAAUCUAUUUGAACGAUCGGCGACAAAGGGCUUCGAUUGCUCAUUCAA